AUGGAGUUUAUAAGGUCCUACCACUUAUCAGCUUCUAACUCGUAUUCUCCCACUUUCAAGUUUACGUGUCAACGAUUCGACAAGUGUAGAUUGACAUUACCUGGAGUUAUAAUUUGUGCCAAUCGGAAGCUUAGACCUGACGAAUUCGUGUGGAGACGAGAUCAGUCAACCCAAAAUGUCGAUUUCCCACCUAAGUUACCUAAGAAGAAGAAGAAACCAUUCCCUAUUCCCUUUAAAGAAAUCAAACAAGCUGCAAAGGUGGACAGAAAACUUGCUAGUAAGGGAAUAGAGAAACCUCUUGAACCUCCAAAGAAUGGAUUGCUUGUUCCGGACCUAGUCCCGGUUGCUUAUGAAGUAUUUGAUGCUUGGAAGCUUUUGAUUAAAGGUCUUUCCCAGCUAUUGCAUGUCAUUCCUAUAUAUGGCUGUAGUGAAUGCUCGGAAGUACAUGUGGCUCAGACUGGUCACUGCAUUCUAGACUGUGAAGGUCGUACCAGUUCAACGCGUCAUAGUUCUCAUGCGUGGGUCACGGGUUCCGUCAAUGAUAUACUGGUCCCAAUUGAGUCAUAUCAUCUCUUUGAUCCAUUUGGUAGGCGCAUUAAGCACGAUACACGGUUUGAAUACGAUCGGAUUCCGGCUGUUGUUGAGCUCUGCAUUCAAGCCGGUGUGGACAUCCCAGAGUAUCCUUCGCGGAGAAGGACUAAUCCCAUACGAAUGGUAGGGAGGAGAGUACUUGACAGAGGCGGUCAUCUAGAGGAGCCUGAGCCAUUUAACUUUGUCGAGUCCUCUUCCAUCAUCGACUUUGAUACUUACAGAGCCUGUGAGCGAUUUCCACGUCCACCUUUGUCAGACGUGCCUAAAAUCGCCCAAGAAACGAUCAACGCAUAUCAAAUUGUUAGAAAGGGUGUCAGGAAGUUGAUGAAGAAAUACACGGUGAAAGCGUGCGGCUAUUGCUCGGAGGUUCAUGUUGGACCGUGGGGUCACAACGCGAAGCUUUGUGGAUCAUUUAAACAUCAAUGGAGAGAUGGAAAACAUGGUUGGCAGGAUGCUACUAUAGAUGAAGUCUUACCUCCAAAUUAUGUGUGGCAUGUCAGAGACACGAAUGGACCUCCAAUCACGGCUGCAUUAAGGAGAUAUUACGGAAAGGCUCCGGCCGUAGUAGAAGUGUGUGUACAAGCGGGCGCACGUAUACCAGACGAGUACAAGCCGAUGAUGAGGCUUGACAUUGUAAUUCCAGAUUCCGAUGAGGCAGGAAUGAUUGCUUGA